AUGGUAAGUGGAACGGGCCCAAUACCGAAUCAGGCUGAUACGGCCGCAUUCUGGCGCAGCCUGUGGUCAGAGCCCGUAAACCACAACGAGGGCCCUUGGACGGAAGUUGUGGCGAGUCAGUGUGCGGGUAUUACGCCCAUGGACCCCAUCAUCAUAACGCCGGAUGACGUAGCUGAGGCGGUCCGUAGGGCCCCGAAGUGGAAAAGUCCGGGGCUUGACGGCCUGCAUCACUACCGGCUGAAGGGGAUCAUGGUGUGUUACGCUGUGCUCGCCCGAUAG